UUUCGAUGCUGUAGCGUAGUGUGAGAAAAUUGUUGAAAAUGUCUAAGGUCGUGAGUACUAAACAGCAACUCGAAAGGCUGGUUUCAUUGAUGGAAGAAAAUCCUCAACUUGCGAAAGGGAUUUGUACGAAGCUUCAGGCGGCAAAAAAGUGGGAAGAUAUUGCGCUGGAGCUCAAUUGUUUAGGACCACCAAUUAGAACGACAGCAAAGUGGAUUAAGGUGUGGGCUGACAUGAAAUCGAAGACCAAAAAGAAAAUGUCACAAAAUAAGGCUGAAUACCGAGCAACAGGUGGAGGACCAAACAGGCUUCAAUCUUAUACAAAUAUUGAGGAGGCCAUAAUUGGAUUACUCGAGCUUGAUGCCUGUGUGAAUCCACCAGGAGCGGAAUUCGGCCUAGAUAUAAGUGAUAAUCAGCGCCUAGAUUCGCCUGAGCCGGCUCCAGCAGAUGAAAACCAGCCACCAUUCGAUUUGGAAACGAGCAAUGAAGACCGAAACUAUGCAGUUGGCGAAAAUACAACACGAACCCCCCAGAAAAAAACGGUGCCACAAAACGGAGAGACUGAGGUUGUUGGAAGCCCAGACAAAUGCCCAGAAGGCUUUUUAUGA